GGCCGGAGAGCGCAGAAACGGGGCCGGGGGGACCCGCCCCCGGCCGGCAGCAGUCAUGAACUGCAACGUGGAGAAGCUGCCUCCGCAUAUCAUCCGCCUGCUGUACAAGGAGGUGACGACACUGACAGCUGACCCACCUGAUGGUAUCAAGGUCUCUCCUAAUGAGGAGGACCUCGCUGACCUGCAGGUCACCAUUGAGGGCCCUGAGGGGACCCCAUACGCCGGAGGCCUCUUCCGCAUGAAACUCCUGCUGGGGAAGGACUUUCCUGCCUCCUCGCCCAAGGGCUACUUCCUGACCAAGAUCUUCCACCCAAAUGUGGGCGCCAACGGUGAGCUCUGCGUCCACGUGCUCGAGAGGGACUGGACAGCUGAGCUGGGCAUCCGGCACGUGCUGCUGACCAUCAAGUGCCUGCUGAUGCACCCUAACCCCGCGUCUGCCCUCAACGAGGAGGCGGGCCGCCUGCUCUUGGAGAACUAGGAGGAGUACGCCGUCCGCGCACGCCUGCUCACAGAGAUCCACGGGGGCGCAGGCGGGCCCAGCAGCGGAAGGGCCGAGGCCAGCCGGUCCCUGGCCAGCGGGGCUGUGGCCUCCACCGCUGACCCCAUGGCCCCUGGGGGCCCAGCAGGGGCCGAGGGGCCCAUGGCCAAGGAGCACGCGGGUGAGCGUGAUAAGAAGCUGGCAGCCAAGAAAAAGACGGACAAGAAGCGGACUCUGCGGCGGCUGUAG